AAGGAAAGAAAUUUGCUUACUGCACAAUCUGCAUAAAGAACCAUAUAUUUUCUAAUACCCCAUUUCAUGAGCAUAUUGACUCAGCUGAACUUGGAUCCUCCUUUUAAGUUCAUAAAUUAUAGCCAAAAUCUUUGUUCCCUUCUCCACACUCAAUGCUAGAAAAUGCCACCUGGGGAACAUUUAAUUUGCACCUAUGAAAACCAACCAACUAACAAAGAAAACCAGUUUUGUUAAUCUCCAUCUGCUAAAAUGCGCAGCAUACCACUUGAUUUGAAGCACUCAUCAUCAUCUCAGCCUCCUUUCUCUGCAUUUCAAACAUUUCAUGAAGCUAAUGUUAGCAAUGAGAAUGAAGCAUCACCAUCACCACCAUCAUCAUCGUCGUCUCUUAUUGGAAUUAGUCCACUUAUUUUGCUGGUUAUAACAGUUCUCUCAGUUAUCUUUUUCAUCUAUGGCCUUAUCCAUUUGGUUCUGUGGUUUCUGAUGAAAAGACCAUCAUCAUCCUCUUCAAUCCUCUACAAUUCCAACAGAUUCCAAGAGUCCACCACGAGAACCCGCGCUCUUCAAAGACAGCUUCAAAACCUCUUCCGCUUGCAUGACUCAGGUCUAGACCAGGCUCUCAUAGAUUCUCUUCCACUUUUCCACUACCAAGAUUUACUGGACUUGAAGGAACCCUUUGAUUGUGCUGUGUGUCUCUUUGAAUUCUCAGAGCACGACAAGCUGAGAUUGCUUCCAAUGUGCAGCCAUGCCUUUCACAUGGAUUGCCUUGACACAUGGCUUCUCUCAAACUCUACAUGUCCUCUAUGCAGAGCAACUGUGGAGAAGAGUCCAACAUUGAAUGAUGAUAACAACAGUAACUCUUUGGUUGUUUCAAAUAAGGAAGAGAAUGGUAAUGGGUGUUCAGAAUCUGAAGAGAAGCAAAAAAUUAUGAAGAGGGUGCUUUCUGUGAGGCUUGGAAAAUUCAGAAAUAUUGGAUUGGAGGGUGGAGAAGGAAUAGAAAGUGGUGGUUGUAGUUUGGAAUUGGAUGAGAGGAGAUGCUACUCCAUGGGUUCAUAUCAAUAUGUGGUUGGUGAUAUGAAUCUGCAAGUGGUGUUGUCUCAAUCUGGUGAGGAAGGUGAAAAUGAGAAUGUGGAGGGAAAGAGGAUAAGGAGCACCACCAAGGGUGAGAGCUUCUCUGUUUCUAAGAUUUGGCUUUGGUCCAAGACGAGUAAAUUUCAUAGUUCUAAUGCUGCUUUCCCUUGAUUUUUGUUUCAAUGUUCAUGUUUUCAAUAUCAUACUAUCUAUCUAUCAACAACUUACAUAGAUUUAUGCUUAUGCUUGUUGGUAUUUUGGCUGUAGUUAUGUUUUGUUCUUUUUGGUUAGUCUCUUGACUCACCAUUUGAAUUGGGACUGGUCAAGGUUGAACUGUAAACAAAGUAACAUAGUUGAAAUUCCAACAGGUUCAAGCCAGAAGAAUUCAGAGAAGAUAGAAGGAGAAGAAAAUUGUAUUCCAAUUUCUCAAAGUCUGAAUUACAGUGAUAUGAUAUCUCCUUAUAUGGUGUUCUCU